AUGACUAGCUGCGUGCCAGCGCAGCAGCAAAAGGACCAGGAGCAGUUGGCGAGGGAACUAGCCAGCAGCAGCGGCGACGAGAUGGACGACCCGGACGAUCCAGACCAGGACAAAUUGCAGCUGCCAGAGCCGACGUUCUCUUUUUCGAAUAGCAAUACCUGCUGGGUGUGUAACGGCUACUAUGGCCCCAACUUUGGGGAGCCCUUGUGCGGCGCCUGCCACGCCUUCCUCUACAACGCCCAGCGUGCCGAGGAGCUCCUGACCGAGCUAUCAGACGACGAGGACUCUGGGAACGACGAGCCUCCGUUCAAGGACAAGCAGGAGGACGAGGAGACCGAAAACGACGUGGACAUCAUGGGGUUCGAGGAUCUAGAGGACCCUCAACCACCGCCGGCCAAUCCACAAAACCCGAUUCCUGAGCCACCCAUGGAACCACAGGAGCAACAGCCAGCCCAGCCAGUCCUUGAUCUGCCCCAGCAGGCGCCCGAAGCGGCGCCACCACGACGGGAGUCUCCGGAGCGCGACUUUGAGCAAGAGCGGGCUGUCAAUCCGUUUUUGCUGCCCAUCAAGAGACCCCGGGCCACGGCACCAUUGGCCCUGCCCCAUUAUAUGCAUGAAUUGGCCGAUGGACGGGCGCGAGUCCAUGAAUACAACGCCGCCGGCGGAAGCGGAGCAAGCGGCAGUAGCAGAAACAUCGUAAACAUAAUACCCGUCGAGGUGAUGCUGAAGAUAUUCGCCUAUCUGGACGACAUGUCGCUGUGGAUGGCCAGUGAGGUGUGCAAGCAGUGGCACGACAUCGUUGGGAAGAACACGGCUCAGAGCAUGUGGAAGGCGUAUAUCAAGCAGCGCUGGCCGCUGUUCGAGAGCUUGGCGGACAAUCCCAACUGGUACCGGCUGUACGGGGCGCUGAUGUCCUCCUGCUUCUGUCGCACCUGCCUGAUUGAGAUGGGUGGACGAGGUCAGGGGGCGCAGCAGGCAGAUCAACAACUGGUCGAGCGGGAGCCGGGAAACGCGAUGCGCAACAACUUCCUGCGCGGCGAGGCUAAUUUGCUGAACAGCUACGAUUCAGAAGGAAUUUCGGCAAUACCGUUGGAUCGACAGAACAACUAUUGGCAAGCCACGAUCCUGGGGCCACCGGGCAGUCCCUACGAGGGCGGAAAAUUCUUCCUGUUUAUCUACUUUCCGGAGCGCUAUCCGAUGACGCCACCCACCGUGCGCUUCCUAACCAAAAUCCUGCACCCGAAUGUGUCGCGACAUGGCGACGUGGGCAUCGACAUCUUCCAGCAGCACAACUGGUCGCUGGCGCUGAACGUGGCCAAGGUGCUGCUUUCGGUACAGAGCCUUCUGACCGAUCCCUACACCGAGGUCUGCAUGGAACCUGAGUUGGGCUACAUCUACGAGCACGAGCGAGAUAGAUUUGAACAGCUAGUGCGCUCUUGGACUUGGAAGUACGCCAUGUUUGAGCUGAUUGCACUACGCUAGGAGAUUAAUCAAAAGUUCUCCGAGGACACUGGACUGAAAGUUGGAAACUACCCCUCUAUACGUUGUAACUACAUAUGUCGUGUGUAUUUAGCUUAGUUGUGCCAUCCGGAUUGUUUAUUUUGGCCUCCCUCUCACUUUUCCCGCGCCCCAGGUCACAACAUAGUCGAAAUUACUUAACCUAAUAAUAAAUGUAUGCUUUAAGUUA